CUAUCACGCGUUAAGAAUAUUUCUGUGCAGAAAUAAAAUUCGCGAACUUACCCCUGUAGUGUAGUUUUUGCAUAUUUCAUUCUCCAAUUCGACCGCAAGCUGACAAGACUAGAAUGGAGCCAGUGGACGGAUAUUGUUGGCCGCUUUCAGUACUUCGAUCAUUGGACCGACGAGCAACGACAGGAAUGCUUCAAGCGCGCCAAAUUGCGACAGUUUGAACCCGAUGAGACGAUUUUCGUCGAAGGCCGUUCGCCGGUCAACUUUGUCCAUCUGGUGCUCAGCGGGAACUGCAUGGUCCUUCAGUGUUUAAAAAUGAACAAUUAUAUUUCUAAAAGCGGGAUACCCAAAUACCGGCUGGCAGAUGCACUUCCGAUAGAAGAUGAGAUAACGCAGUUGCACCGGCGGCGAAGUUCUCGAAUGGUGCAGCUUGAACAGACCACUUUGCUGUCAGAUGGGCAACUGAAGUUUCCCAGGACGAUGCUCACUGCCAAUGUUAUCGAUUCACCGCAGGAGAAGGCACCUUCAAAGCUGCCCUCCCAGCCGGUGAACUGCGAGCAUCACUUUGUGGACGUUGCCAGCUAUGAAUGUGGUUCGGUUUUCGGUGUCGGUGAACACAUGGACGAUCGAACGGUGGUUGCCCGUGGACGAGUUCAGUGUCUUCUGAUUCCUCGCUACUGGCUACUGCAGAGGUCGCAAAACGCCAACAACGUUUGGGGUCGUAUUAGAGUUUUUCUUGAGCAGCAGCAACCUUCGAGGGAACAACUGUUCAAGUGGUUCCUCAAUGAACUCCGCUGGCAAAAAUAUCGUCGAGAGCUGCGAACGAAUUUCGCUUCGGUGCAUGUUGUAACCAAUGAAACCCGAAUCCACGAUGCACCCUUACUGUGUAGAAUAGAGCAAGCCGAUGUGUUCAGAUAGGUAGGGACGAAAUCGUGACAUUUACAGUUUAAAGCAAUCAGCGUCUAGGUAAUCAAAAUAUUAUCGUC